AUGCGACCUCCCCUCCCGGACACCCAGACAGAAGGCAAGCUACAAUGCCCGGUCCAGUUGGCCGCACAACGGCAAGCUAACAACCCCACAGGCUCCAUGCACCCAAUGGGCCGGUGCCUAAGGGGACCUAUCUUGAGGAAAACCCUCCCCUAUAAUAACAGCGGCAGCCUAAAACAGACCCAGAGGACAGAGAGAGCGAACAGAACGGUGUACUCAAGCCCCCUUUACCGACAAGCUGCAGACAGCAACAGACAUCGCAAGUACAACGUGACACCCGACCGGAAGCGGGGACAGUGAGUAACGAAGCCCACAAUGGCGGCAACACCGAGCCGGACCAACAACGGCACACAAACAACAAAAGGGGCGCCUCCCGAGCACAAACAGCGGAUGAGACCAAGCAACACAGGGGCUCCCAAACGGGCAUGCAAAAUACCUCUGGCGGGAGUUGGCUGACAGAUGACACAGAUGAGACAAGCUCCCCACACGUCCCACUGUCUCUAUCGCUCUAUCUGUGACUGUCUCUGACCUAUUAUUACUGCAUGACUUUAAGAUACUCUUACACUAUCAUUCUCUGAGCUAGUCACAGUUCAUAGCAAGUCACAGUAGUGUCUAUAAUUCAGUAACCCAGGUUCACAAUGCGUCUUACCCAUAGCUUAACACUCAUCUAAUGUUUAACGGUGAAUAAGCCUACAAAAAUCAGGGUUAGUUUAUGAAGCAGAUUUUUGUCUUAAUUGCAGCCUAGCCUUAAUGUCUAACCCAUAGCCCUGAU